CAGACUGUGGCUCAGGGCGCACGCUCCCACACUCAGCCAUCCAUCUGAAGGGCUGACUUCACAUAAGUUCAAGUGGAAGAGACAUGUCACACUACACGCUUGGAGUUCAUUUGCAGAUUGUGCUGGCAGUGGGCCUGGCUGUGCUCUGCUACUCUCUGGUUGUGGUGUGCAUCCUUUGCUGCCGUAAGAGGAAAAAAGCCAUUUCAUCUGAGGACAAGGAGGCUGUGUUCAUCUCUCCAUACCCGCCCGCUGUCACUCUGACUCUUUCUCCGUGCACACAGCCAAACAAACAACAGUAUGAAGAGUUGGAUGGGGACGUUUUGGACUUUCCAUCGUCUAAAAGCAGCUCCUCUCCAUCUGAGGAUGACCUGUCUGCUCUGCCUACAGACCCCGGCCCCUCCCAUUCCCCUGGUCUGCUGCUGUCCCCUGGUGUGUCUGUUCCAGUGAGACGUCUCAGCUCUCCGGCUAUCCCCUGUCCUCCCGAUAAGUCUCCUGUCCAUGGGAGAGCCUCACUGCCCUCUCUCACCAAACUCAGCCUCAUGUCCCGGUCCAAGCGGACCAAGGGCAGGCGCAGCACUGUGAGUGGAGAUAGCUUACUGCUCAGAGAAGGCAGGAGUUUGACCUCUGAACCCCGGUUGAGGGAUGGCUCUCAGUAUGGGGCAGUGUCCAACGGAUCCAACCCCUUUCCUCUCCUACAUUUCUCCCUGUUCUUCUCUUUGGCCCAUGGCACUCUGGUGGUCAAUAUCUUGGGUGUGUCUGGUACCAGUAGAAAGAGAAGCAGUGUUUUUGUGCGAGCCAGUCUACCACCCCUGUCUCCCUCCCCACAGCCGCUGGCCUCACGUCGGCGCAGCCUCAGCCCGGAGAUCCACAGUCAAAGUGUGGUGAUGCAUGUGGGCGCAGUGGAGGAGCUGCACAUCUGCACCCUCAGACUGGCUGUGUACAGCAGAGACUUCUCUGGGUUCAGGGAGGCCAAGCUGGGCCUGGUGGAGAUGCCCUGUGAGGAGAUGAACCUUACACCUGACACAACCUACACCUUUACCAGGGAGAUCAUGCCCUCUAAGAGCAAGCCGAAAAAGAGUGUGAGUUCUCAGGAGACACUGGUCCACAGGAAGACAUCCGUGUGUGCGCCAAAAGUCUUGGGCCAAGUUUUUAUUUUGCUGCAGUACCAGUUUGUGGCUCAGCGCAUUAAAUUGAUGGUGAGGAAGGCGGAAAAUUUGGCCAAGCUCACACGCAUCCCUGGCACCCCAGACCACUAUGUUGUGAUCAACAUGAGGCAAGAUGGAAAGGUAAUUGCUACAAAGGAAACCAAAGGAGCUGGUGGUCUCAACCCCGUCUGGAACACUCCAUUUCUGUUCGACCUGCCCCCCGGAGACAUCACUCAGCUGCCUCUGCAUUUUGAAUUCAUCAUCAUGCAGGGUCGUUUGUACACUAAGAGCAGUGUACUGGGUCGUGUGCUCAUUGGCUGCAGUGGUCCAGAAGAGGGGCAGGCUCACUGGAGGGAGAUGCUGAAACGAGGGCAGAUAGAGACGGCGCGCUGGCACACCAUUCAGCCCGAUGUGCGGCAGAUCUGACUGUCAAGCCCUGUCUAAAAUUCUGCUUUUGUAUAAAUAGUGUUCAUCAUUCAUUGUCAAAUCUGGAUGUCUUGUUAUUAUAUGUCUAGUCAACGUGGGUUACUGUUGUCAGCCUUGUAAAAUAUUGCCAUUUUGGUCAAUUGUGGGAUCAGCUGGUUAUGGCAAAACUGAUACUUUUCUCUAACAGUAAUUUCAAUGGUUUUGUGUUGCAUGCCACUUUUGCGUAACAUAAGUGUAUGAUCAGUGA